UCCUUCCUACAGCCUCCACACUAACUAGUCUUACACACAACCUCCGUACAGGACGGAGCUAUGCAGUUACUCCAGUAUCCUAUCUACAUAUGAAGUGUACCCGGAGCAAGAAGCAAGAUUCGUCCUUGGAUCCUGGUUUCGACUCCUGGAUAUGUCCGGCGAGGUUUACUGCUGUACACAGGACCCUGAGCUGGAUAUCCUGGAUCGGUUUAAUCGUGUUUCUGGAAUAGUGAGGGAGGGGAAAGAUCGGGAGAAUAUUCGGAAGCAGCUUGCUCUGGAGAAGGAAGACCUACAGAUAUGUUUCGUCAACGAUAUUGUAUCUGACGACGAACAGGCUGAAGAUGGAGAGGUGGAGUACGACGGAGUAGCAGAGCAGAUUGCAAGAUGUAAUAUUUCUCAAAAGGUUGGACAGAUAAUAGUUCCAAUAUUUAGAAACAGGGAUACUUUAAACAAGGAAGAAUAUAAGUUAACAAACAAAGAAGAAGAAGAUAAGGAGGAAGAGGAAGAAGAGGAAGAGGAUGAAAAGAAAGAAACCCAACCAAGGACCAAUGAAACCCAGAAUUUGAGUGACAAUGAUCGAAUUUUUAGAAAUCGAGUUAAAAUCCUCCAGGUUGAGGCAAGACAAGGACUUAUCUCCGCAAGAUCGGAGUCAACCAAACAGAUCGCUGAGAAGAGAAGGGAUCGAGUAGUGAGUCCAAACCUUACUUCUUUACUUGGAAUACAAACCAACCUUAAACUAAACCGUAGGAUAUUAUCCGGCCUUUCUCUAGGACAGUUACAAGUGAUUUUAAAUGAUUAUUUAGCUCAAAUUGAGGAACUGAACAAUGAACUUGUAAAGGAACUUCUCAUCAGAGAUGAGAGAGGAAUGGAACAAGACGCAAUGUUAACAGAUAUUCAAGAUCUGGCAGAAUUCACAAAUUUCAAGUUGUAGUACAACAAUAUACAGGGGCAAAGUUCAUACAGCUAGACGUACUCCUAACACUACCUGCCAAAGCACCGGUGUACGGACUAACUGUGCGACUAACGGUGACAGCUGACUCUGCAACAUGUACAGUCCCGGUAGGGGGUACAAGAGUUUCUAACCCCCUAGCUGCAAGUACGGGCCUAGAACACCAAGCAUGUAUAGUACAACCAUGAUCAAUUUUUAUGAAUGGAGUACAUACGAAAGAAAAUUAAGUACAUGUAGCAUAAGAUGUAUUCUAUACUGAAGAAUUUCGAGAAGAAGGAGUACAAACAGACAAGAGAAAAUAAAGUACACAAGGAAGUACUGUCUAUAAGUAUUCUUCAGGGAAAAAAAGUACAAAAGACAGAUAAAGAAAAAAUAACUUUUUGACAAUAAUUGACUAGACAAACAGUGGAAACCAGAUAACAGUGAAAUUUUCAUCGUCUUCUAUUGGGCUUUUAAGAAAUGUCGAAAAGGAAUUUGUUAUUUGAAAAUGAAUUAUUUCCUAAAAAAUGAACAUUUUUAGAAAUAAAUCUGUUUCGAAUUAAAGAAUCCAUGGCGAUAUUUUUUAAUGAAAGAAAGAACAAAGACACCAUUCCACAUGUUUCUGGAUCUCAAUGUACAGGUUCACCCACAAAGGAUAAAACUUUAGAGAUGGCUGUACGGAAUUAUAUUUUCUGUUUCCUUAUAUUCAUGAUUUCCUGCAACUUUAAACUCGUUUUUUUUACCAAAUAAUGUAAUAAUCCAUUGAAAUUCUAUAUUCAAAGACUUAAUUUAAUCUUAAGAGUUAUAAGUCGUCUUUACAGUCUCAUCAUGUGUGGGUAACCCUGUACAUGCUGA